GUCAUUUUUCGGGCAUUAGCGCAACCUACCAAUGUAAACACAGAUGAUUGCUAAAUCGGUCUGCUUUAGAAAACUUUCCAAAGUGUGCAUUCGAAAGUUAAGCACUGACAACAUGUCUAUCAAGUUUUCAGCAAACAUUACUAUGAUGUUCUCCGAGUUGCCAACCUUGGCAGAACGAUAUGGUGCUGCAAAAGCAGCAGGAUUUAAGUACGUGGAGAGUGCCUUUCCCUACUUCGAGCCUUUGGAAUCUCUUCGGGAUGCGAAAGAAAAAGCGGGCGUAGAGCAGAUUGUAAUCAAUACCUGGCCAGGAGAUUUGAGUAAAGGAGAUAUUGGAUUAGCUGCUCUUCCUGACAGGCAGCAAGAAUUUGAAAGCAAACUAGAUUUAGCCAUUAAAACAGCAAAAGCCUUGAAUUGUAAAAGAAUUCAUGUAAUGGCGGGCAUGAAGCCAGAUAACUGUAAUGAGGCCGAAAUGGAGAACACCUAUAUCAAGAAUGUAACAAUGGCCGCCAAGAAAUUCCAACCAGAGGGAAUAACCUGUUUGAUAGAGCCCCUCAACAGUAGGAUUACAGCCCCUCGCUACUUCCUAACUGAUGUGAACAAAGCUGUUGAAAUAAUAAAGAAAAUCAAUCUACCAAAUUUGAAAUUACAAUUUGAUUUUUUCCAUAUACAGAUAAUGGAAGGGAACUUAACUAAAACUCUGGAAAAAUUCCUCCCAUAUGUAGGUCACAUACAGAUAGCGCAGGUGCCUGACCGAGGGGAGCCAGACAGACAGGGGGAGAUCAACUUCCCCUAUGUGUUUGACUUGCUACGCAAGCUUAAUUACGACGGAUUUGUCGGAUUGGAAUACAAACCUAGGGGAAAUACAUUGGAUGGAUUGAAGUGGAUCAAAGAAUAUGGACUAGAAGUUUAACAGAAGGAAAACUAGAGUUUUAUUAAAUAUAAUUUGAAAAGUAAUGGUUGUACAACAGAUACAUGUACAAAUGUAGCACUGAUGAACAAAUUGAUAUUAAACAUAAAUUCAUUCUUUUGUGUAAUAAACGUCUCAUAUAUAUUCCAG